ACUGUCAAUCUGUCAUUUUUACAUUGACACUUGCGGAAAUUCAUCGCAUUUCAUUUUUGAACACGCACGUUUUCAAAUUGGAUGUCGAUUAUUUCUUGUAAUUUGCAGUAACAUACAUUAAACAAAUUAUAAUGGGGAAGAAAAAUAAAGAUUCUUUAGGACGUGCUCUUAUUAAGGACCGAUUUGCGAAGAAUCGCCACCGAAAACAUGUUGAGGACAACACCAUGCUUCAUACAACGGAAGUCAACGACGGCUAUGACUGGGGUCGUCUGAACCUCCAGUCUGUCACAGCUGAGUCCUCUUUACAAGAGUUUCUCUCCACCGCUGAGCUGGCACAGAGAGAGUUCACAGCGGAGAAGCUUAACCUGAAGUAUGUGAAUACUGUGCCAAGUGAAGUGGCAAUGGCAACUUCACAACCAAACUUUGACCAGCCCCUUACUGUACCACGGAGACCUCCAUGGCACCCAGGCAUAUCAGCAGAAGAUCAGCUGAACCGUGAACGUGAGGUGUUUCUAGAAUGGCGCCGUCACUUGAACGAGCUACAAGCCUCGCUGGGAGCAGCAGUCACUCCGUAUGAGAGGAACUUGGAGCUCUGGAAGCAAUUGUGGAGGACCUUGGAGAAGUCUGAUGUUGUAUUGCUACUGUUGGAUGCUCGGAAUCCUUUGUUAUUCAGGUAUUGUGUUUUGUUUAUUUAUUGUGGAAAUAGUGAUAUAAAUAUGGAUCACGAGGAGCUCCUUCGUAUUUUAGAAGGUGUCGAUGAUGGAAUCGAAAUUGAAUCUGCAUCUGACAGUGAAAUUGAAGAUGAAUUUGAGGCUGUACUAACUGAGAACCUCCCAGCAUCAAAUCCUCCAAAUGUUCAGGAUGAAAGUGAUAUAGUUGAGAACAUACCAGGACCACCUCCUAUUCAAUGGACAAGACAACCAUUUGGAAUAGAAACUCCUUUUUUUGAUGACUUUGGUAGUGGUAUUUCACCUUCAUUAAACUUAACAUCAUCUUCAAACGAAUUAGCAGUUUUUGAGAAGUUCGUGGACGAAGAGUUAAUAAAAACAAUAAUACGCUACACUAAUCGGUAUCAUUGCUACUUCAUACUAAACACGGAUUUGAGGAACCACUCGAGGCUGCAGACUUGGAAAGAUUUUGUCAUAAAUAAUUCCAAAAACCAUUUGUUUCAGAAUGUCUCAAUAAUAUUCUUCUCGGCGGCUAAAGAAACGAAUGAGCGUAAAAUAUCAGAAGUUAGCGAGGAAUCAACACAUGAACCAAUAGACUCAGAAACAGAUUCCGCAAUAUCAGACACAGAAGAUCAUAACUUAGACGAUGAUUCCGUAGAAAAAGAGGCUUUGAAACAUACGGAAGAAGAUAUAGAAUUGUUUAAAAGGCAAUUGGGGGAUCUUGACAAGGCUGUGAAUGUUACUGCUGAUAGAAUAGAUAGGAUUCAAGAAAUACUCGACAGGGUUGUUGAAAAUCUAAGACUGGGCAAACCUAUAGAAGAUUAUCCUGUUAAAGAAAACACAGAUAAUAAUGAAAGUACACAAAUAGAAGACAAUGAAACUAAAGUUCGUAAUUCACAUGAAGUAUUUGAUAGAGAGAAGCUUCUAGAAGUUCUUAAGAGUCAGAAAGUAGAUAGGUUAAAGAAUCCUCCUAGACUGAGCGUGGGUAUGAUCGGGUAUCCUAAUGUCGGCAAGUCUAGUUCUGUCAAUGUUCUUAUGAAGACUAAAAAGGUCAGUGUAAGUUCGAUGCCGGGUCACACACGGCACAUACAGUCGUUGAUAUUAGACGAAGAUAUAGAACUGCUGGACUGCCCCGGUCUAGUGUUGCCAGCGUACGCCGUCGCCCCGGACCUACUGUUAACCGCAGUGUUGCCAAUUGAUCAAAUGCGGGCGCACGACGCAGCGAUGGCUCGUCUCUGUCAGCUGGUCAGCAAGCACACGUUCGCUGAGAAGUACGGACUCCUGUUACCAGAAGAUGACACGAAGGAACCGGAUUAUAAACAGAUACUUACUGCUCAUGCUUUCAACAGAGGCUUCAUGACGGCAGCAGGUCAGCCAGACCAGUCUCGGUCAGCUCGCAUCAUGCUAAAGGAAGCGGCCAGUGGACGGUUACGUUGGGCACAAUUACCGCCCGGGUGUGAACCCCAACCACUCGAUGAUAUGCUGCAGGAGAGGAAGAAGAAUGAGAAGAGGAAACCAACGCCUCGGGAAGCUAGAAUGGUUGAGGGCUGGCUGAACAAAUCCAACGAGAUUGACAAGGCUUUCUUCGCCAUGCAGAAAAGCGCCGCACACGUCAAAGGCAAACCAGUACUUGGCAUUGCCGGGGCGCAAUCCGCGGACACUCAACUGAGCAAACCCUGGAAGCAAGAGAAGAAACACGCAAAUAAAAAUAAAAGGGAAAAGUUGAGACGAAAGUAUGCUCACUUAGAUGAGCACUGAUGUUAGAAUGAGACGCAGAUAUGCGACUAUUCCAUGAGUGAGAGAGACGGCGGUAUAUUGAAAUUAUUAGCGUAUUGUGGACAAAGUCUUACAAUAUCAGUGUUUCAGACUGCUCAGAUCAGUUGUUUUCAAAUAUAAUAUUCUAAAAUAAACCAGGCAUUUUAAGUCCAGGUUAUUGUUGUAUCCUUACUGUAUAUCGUGUUCGGAAUUCCGUAAACAAACAAAAAAUAAAUGCAUUUAAUGAGAUCA